UUUCCACUGAAGAAAGAUAGUCAUGUAUUUUUGAGUAAAUGAUGAUUGAUUUUUAAUUUCCAGCUCUAAAAGUGUUUAUUUGUAAAUUAGAUUGUAUCCAAAAUUGCUUAAUUCGUAUUAGAAAGCAGUGAUUUCUUAUGCAGGUUUCAGCGUAGACAUGCUGAGACAGUGGAUCUGUAAGUGUGUGUGUUUUUGUGUAUGUUACAGAGAGCUGCUGGAUGUAAAAGUGCUGGCUCAGGUUUUGUGUCUCUCUCGUUCUGUUCUCCUGAAUGAUCCCUGUCAGUUGGCCUCUCAGCUCCUGGGUCGUCUGCAACAGAUCAUUGACCAAGAUAAGCCUGUUACUUCAGGUGACCCAAGACAAUAUUCCUUUCUGCAUGCUCUGUUAGUACAAUGCAAGAGCUCAUCUCUGCCAGUUCUCGUGCCCUCUUACACCUGCCUGCUUCCUCCAGGUGGACUUGUACACACAUACCUUUCAGGUCACAUGAGUGCUGUGACAGCCCUGGCUCAUAGUCGACACCACAUAGUUUCCUGUUCUUCUGAUGGAACGCUGAAUCUAUGGCAUCUGGACAACCUAAGCAGGCCAGUGCAAUCUUUACCCAGAGCUCAGGGCUCUGCAGCAGACUGGGCAGCUGACUCACUCUUGCUCUGUCUGGAGGACAGUGUGCUGGUGCUACAGAUGGGCCACUGGCUGCAGAUGAGAGAGGUGAAUUCUGGGAAGGUGCUCUACAUGGAGAAGGAGGCUUUGGAUGUUCCUGUGGUUACAUCUGCCUGUGAGGGCCGGUUGCUGGCGGUGUUUUAUGAUGGAAGUCACCUGGUUAAGGUGUUUGAUCUUGUGGCCUCCUGUUCGCUGUUGUGUUUGGUAAAGAUUGCCCUUGAGUUUGAGCCCAUUCACAAAGAUCACUCCAUAUUGGUCUCUCACCACUCUGUUAAAGACUAUGUUCUCUUCGCUUACAGGGAUGGCGGAGAGGCAGCAGUGUUCAAUGUGAAGGGUGGAGCUGUGUUGUCCACUCUGAAAGCACAGCACCCUGCAGCAUCUAUACAAGCUGUUGAAAUUAGCUCUCAGUAUUUACUGCUAUUUUGCAGAUAUCCCUAUAAGAGACAUAAUGAAAUCAUUCACAUCGAACUCUUCAGCGCAGCAUCAUUUCAGUACCUACGCUCUUUAUUGGGUUGCAGUCAAGACUACAUUUCCCAGGUCACCAUUGCUGGGGGAGGUUCCCACACUGUGGCCUUUUGCCCCACCCCUCAGAGCGGCACAACAGAGAUUAUUACUUGGAACCUUGAGACUGAAGACCAUAAACACAUUGCACGCUUCCCUGGCCUGCUGGCUGCUGGUGUGUGUUCUGACCUGCAGUACUGUGUGGGGUUCUGUGCCGGGGAGCAAUACUUGCGAAAGUGGAACUUGGCCUCCAAAAUAAAUGACCAAACACUUACAUUCAACGUGCACAAAGUACACAGUGAUGGCACAGAAGAGAUCACGCCCAUGCACAAAUACCCUAGGUAUGUUGUGUGUCGAAGCACCCGGCCCGGUACUGUGAGAAUAUGGAAUGUGGCGCGGAUGCGAUUCAAGGGUCGUCCUGUACAGGUGGAGCAUGGUCUGUUCUCAAGUGCAGACAUUACUCUGGUACGAGACCUGAAACUCUAUAUACUGUCUGAUCGCGGUACCACCAACUUCACUGAUACUCCUACAUCUGUCUAUCAGACAUUGCUUGUGUAUGACCUUCUUAAAAAGAGUUACAUUAAGAAACAGACUGGGCUGUUCAUCGUGCCCUGCCCUCAGCAAGACUAUCACCUCUUGGAAGGUCAAAUACUGUUGGGCCUGUCAGAAACACGGGAUCAUUUGAUAUUAUGGGAUCUGGACUCUGGCUAUAUUAAAGGACGGAUCAAGACAUCCUACAAAGAGUCCCUGCUCUCCAGUAUGGACAAAAAUUCUCAUAUUAUGUCCACCAGUGAGAAGACAGGCCUGAUUAUGCCAUGGGACAAGCGCACUGAGACCCAGACAGCAAAAAGGAGGCGACAGGAGCGUGAGCUGAGGCGAGAAAGAGAUGAACAACAACGCUUUGAAAGAGACAAGUUCAACUCCAUAGACCAAUAUCUUCUCAGUGGAGAUGAGCAGGUGAUCAUAUGCUCAUAUUUUGCCCAUCAUCUCAACGUUUUCAGUGUGGUUUCUGAAGAGCACUUGCACACACUUGAGGACCGUUGGUCCCUCUUGAGCCUCCGUACUGCAGCGCUCACUCACACUGGAGGGUACUUGGUUGUGUCCAACUACAGUGAGGCCCAACAUGCUCCAUACGUCACUCUCUGGGACACACAACAAGGCCGGGUGCGGAAAAGAUUGAAAAAUGAACCUGGAAUCUGUUGCAUCGCUAUUACUGCAGAUGCCUGUAGAGUGGUUUUCGGCAUUGCAGGAUUCAACAAAUUGAAAGUGUGGGAGCCAUUCAGGAGGAAACACAAAACCAUCUCAGGUUAUGGAAGUUUAAGUCUCAACUGGUCCAGCCUGCUUUUUAUCACCGAAGGACAAUCCAAGGCUAUUUUAUUAGCAGAUGAGGUGAGCAUGUGGGACCUUGACGUAGGAACAGUAUUGUCUGUCUUCACACCUGACUCCAAGAUCCAGACCCUCUCAGUACUUGGACUAGACAACAGUACCCUGGUUUUGGGCUUCAGUGAUAUGCCCACCUUAAUUAAAAUGACAGUCAGCAAGCAGAAUGCAAGCACUAAAUCCAGCACUGCUAAAGGAGAGGACAUGUUUGGGGAAUCCAGCAGUAGUGAAGAAGAAGAUGAUCAAAAAGAAUCAAUAACAACACUAUUGGCCAGAGACACAUAAAAUAGAUAUAGAGUCUUUUUGAAAAGAUAAUUCACGUGAUUUAGGUUUUGAUCAGAAACGCAACAUAUCAGUCAUAAUUUCCCAAUUGUUUUUCCACAUAGGCUACCAACAAAUUACCAGAACUUCCCCGCCUUCCCCUUUAGAAGUCAUGAGAUCAAGAGGUCACAAUAA